UGGGCAUGACGUCACCAGAGGUCCUUUAGCCCACUAGGAAAUAGCAUGUACGGUAGUCCUGGAGCAGCAGCUGCGGAUCGCAUGGGGUGAAGGGAAGGAGAGCUCCUCGUCCUGUGCGGUGGAUUUACAGCCCGCAGCGUCAGCCGCCUCUCCGGCACCCCGCCCCCCGUCGCACCGAUUUUCUUGAGGAACAAAAUGACCGUUGUGAAUAGUCUCUAAACGUGUGCCUGCGUAAAGGUGAAGGAUGACGUAACGCACUACGUUUGGAUGAAGUGAAUAUUUUAUACCCAUUUCAGCACCACAGAGAGCUGCACGUAAGCGAUAAAAAAACAAUGUUGAUCUCCUCUUCAGACGUAAUUUCCUUUGCUUACUUUUAAGGCCACCAUAAAAAGUAUGGCAAAAUCACGCUCGAGGUCACCCAAGUGGAAAUCCAGGCCGCCACCAUACAAAAGUCCCGAGCGCAAUAGACGCAGACACUUUCACGAGCAUUACCAAGAUGGUGAAGGGUUCCAUAGAGGCCCCAGAAGGCCCAAACACUGGGAAGAAGAAAGGCACGGACAAAGCAAUUUCAGGAUGACUCCAUAUAAACGCUUUAAUGAUAACAACUAUGAGCCAGAUGCAUUUUCUGCAGACUUGAGGAAAUCUCCUUUUGAAUCGUCCAGUCGAUUUAAAAGAAUGCAUUCUCCUGAUAGGCGUGGAGAUGGUAAUAGAAGAUUUCCAGCAAAAUAUCCAGAGGAUCGUAAUAGACAUGGCCAUAGAGAACACCGUGAUUAUCACCAUCGAAAUCAAGAACUUAAUGCACAUACCGAAACAAAUGGUUUUAAACAUGUGAGACGAGAAGGCUCCUCUCACAGAUCUUACCACAGAGAACCUGAUAGGGAUUGGCAUGACCAUGAUGGACAGUGGAAUCAAGAUCACACAGAUCCAUAUUUGCCACCAUCCGGCAGAAGAUCUGAAGAAUUUGUUGAUCAAAAUGUGUUUCAAAAGAGGCAUCCUGAGGAUCGUGAUUACAGAGAACAUGAGCCACUUCCUAAGAGAACUAGAGAACCAGACAGGCAUGACUACAGGCCGCCACCAAGACAUUCUCACUGGAAUGAUGAUCAUACUUUAUGGCCACAUCAUGACAAGGAUUGGUCAAAAGACGCAGAUCUCCGAGAUCCUAGUCCUGUUGUAUAUCAGACCCAUUCAGGAGAACUUGCCAAGAUAGAAUAUGAUUAUAGUCAUAGAUCUCCUUCGUAUGUACAUGUGGAGCCACCUUUUUUAAAUGACCAUGCUGAGAGAGACAACCGUUACGAAGACAAGAAAAACUUUUCUACCAGAACUUCCCAACACAACAGGUCAAAUAUGAGUAACCGAGAAAGGGGAACAUUUUCUGAAAGAUCACCAGAACAGACUACUAAAUACAGUGAAAAAAAGGCUCCCGAUAGAGGUGCGUUCAAAACUGAUAACCUACACCUAAAUCAUAAGCACAAGGAAAGUGGAAGAGAAGCUGAAUACAGGAGGGAACCAAGUUCUAAACGCCACUUGGAUAACCAUAGUCCAAAAUCUUCUGACCCAACCAUAACACCGAAGACUAACUGUGAAAAGGAAUCUAUCAUGGUUAAUCUGGAAUUGAAGAAAUCGGUGGAUAAGUAUAGACAACCUCAUGAGCAUUGGAAUAUCUCCAAAGACAUUCAACCAAAGUCUGACAUUCCCCAAGGGAAGAGGAAUUCUGAACAGAAGAUGCCCGAAAAAGAUGUUCUAAAGAGACAACCUCAUGAGCAUUGGAAUAUCUCCAAAGACAUUCAACCAAAGUCUGACAUUCCCCAAGGGAAGAGGAAUUCUGAACAGAAGAUGCCCGAAAAGGAUGUUCAAAAGAGGAGCAAUUCCACUUCCUAUGAGAGACAGAUGUCUGAAGACCUGGUAGCAGUAGGUAGAAAAGAUGCUUUUCACCCUGUGUUUGACCAUCUAAGCUCUUCGACGCAUGGGGGAACUAAUGCUCCAAGCACUGAAUUUACUCAGGAAAUAAUAACCAUCAUCCAUGAAGUGAAAGCAAACCAUUUCAAAUCUACUGAAAUGUCACUCCAUGAACGUUUUUCCAAGCUGCAAGCAGAAAGCAAUAAGGAAGAGCUGAACCUUAACAGAACUACAGCACAGGCCAAUCCGGAGAUCCACAGGAGAAUUGAUAUCUCCCUGGAAGAUCUUCAGAAGAAGACUCUCCACAAAACCGAAGUCAGCAUGGCCAGCCAGCGAGUAAUUGAUGAUCCUAAUGAUUUGCGGCAUGAUAUAGAAAGAAGAAGAAAGCAGAGACUGCACAGUGAAGAGGAUAGCAAUGCCAAUGUUUCCUUUUGUGACAGUGAUGCUCCAGGCAGCUAUUUCAAACCACGUAAUAACGACACUGGAGAAUUUCAGAAGUUGUCAAGAGGGGGCACAACACCUUUCCGAAAGUCAACAGGCAGGCCUCCGGGAUGGAAGAACCCAGCCCCAAGGAUGUAACCGACUUCCAUGAGCUUCAGGAGGAAUCUUAUCCACUAGAGCUUCUACUUGUAGAUACUUGACUUUCCAGGGCUUCGUUAAGAGCAUCGGCACUAAAAAAUAAAUAGUCUUGAUAAAAGAUACUAUUUUCUCAGUAGUGGAUUGCUGCACAACUUUUGUAAUGUUUUCACAGUUUUUUAAUGACCAUGUUCAGAUGAAAAAUUGCUAAUUUCUCAAUACCAUUUUCGCAAGAAUAAAAUGCAAGGCUGAAACACAGAGGACUUCUUAUAGAUGGGUUGUCUGUAUUUAUUACACCUUUCCUUUGGCAACAGCAUGGUUUGUUUUAUUUUUGUUUCUGUUCAGGUUUUAGUUUUAUGUUGAGAAAUUUGUGUAUUAAUGUAAUAAAGUGCCUGAAUUGUUUUA